AUGACUUUGGGGUUCCAUAUUGUCAACACAUUCUGCAGUAUUCAGAUGGUUUAUCAGACUGCAUUGGAUCUUCUUUCUGCACAAAAAGGACAUGCUCCCAAUUACAAACGUGUUAUCCAGAACAAUUUGAUUGCUGUCAUUGGUGGAAUGUUCUCUCUGAGCACUGACAACCUGGCUACCAUUAUCAACCCAUACAAGAUUCCACAGCUCCAUCACUUUCUAAGGAGAAUCUCAUUCAACAACAGUGUUGGAGAGACAAUAUCUUUUGAUAACCAUCAAGAAUUGAUUGCAGGAUUUGAUGUUACAAACUGGGUAACUUUCCAAAAUCAGUCUUUUCUUCGAGUCAAAGUUGGAAGGCUGGAGCCUUGGGCUCCCCUACAUAGACAGAUAACCAUUCAGGAUGAAAGCAUAGCGUGGGACAGAAAAUUCAACCAGGUUGUGCCUAUUUCUCUGUGUAAUGACAAUUGCUCUCCUGGCUAUCACAAGAAAAAGAAGGAAGGGCUUCCGUUUUGUUGUUAUGAUUGUAUUCCAUGUCCUGCAGGAAAGAUUUCAAGCCAGAAAGAUAUGGAUGCCUGCACUGACUGUUUAGAAGAUUACUAUCCAAACAUGGGUCAAAACCAAUGCAUUCCUAAGGUUAUCAGCUACCUCUCUUAUGAAGAACCCCUGGGGAUCACUUUUGCUUCCUCAGCUCUCAUCCUUGCUCUCAUCGCAGCUCUUGUGCUUGGAACUUUUCUGAGGCACCGGGACACACCCAUUGUCAAAGCCAACAACCGAAGCCUUACUUACAUCCUUCUCACCUCCCUCAUGUUCUGCUUCUUCUGCUCCUUCCUAUUCAUUGGACAGCCAAAAAAGUUGACCUGCCUUCUCCAACAGGCUGCUUUUGGUAUCGUCUUCUCUGUGUGCCUUUCCAGUAUUUUGGCAAAAACCAUAUUAGUUAUUUUGGCCUUUAUGGCUACAAGACCAGAAUCCAGACUGAGGAGAUGGGUGGGGAAAAGGUUAGCAAUUUCCAUCUUCCUUCUCUCCUCCUUGCUUCAAGUGGGAAUUUCAACUCUUUGGCUGAGCAUGGCUCCACCCUUUCCUGAUCAGGAUGUGCACUCACUGAAUGGGAAGAUCAUACUGCAGUGUAACGAGGGGUCGACUCUCUUGUUUUUCUGUGUCUUGGGCUACAAGGUUUUCCUUGCUCUUGUCACCUUGGCAGUGGGUUUCCUUGCCAGGAAGUUGCCUGACAGUUUCAAUGAAGCCAAAUUUAUCACCUUUAGCAUGCUGGUCUAUUGCAGUGUUUGGUUCUCCUUUGUGCCAACCUACCUGAGCACAAAAGGGAAAGAACUGGUGGCUAUGGAGGUCUUCUCUAUGUUAAGCUCUAGUGCUGGCUUACUGGGUUGCAUCUUCUUUCCUAAAUGCUACCUCAUCUUGUUCAGGCCAGAUCUGAACAAAAAAGAGCAACUGGUUAGGAGAACAAAAUAA